AUGCAACACUCUAUAAAUGUGAAACAGUUUGUAAAUGAAUUCAUUAGUAUCAUCUUGUUAACUGAGGGUGCGAAGAAAAUGAAAAGUCAGCAGGGGAUGUUAUUCCUACUAUUCACAUUAAGCCUUUUAUCCUUUUCAUUUGGUGGUCCGGUUGAAAAAGUAUUAUCAAUAAUCGAAGAAGAACGUAAAAAAGCUCACUCCCCCAAGGAAGAGCUGAAUUCCCAUGUAACAGAGGAAAUCAAUCAAAAAUAUGGUGAGGCGGAGCACAGAAGAUCUUCAAGCCACGCAAAUGAAGGAGAAGAGGGAAAACAAGGGUCCACACUUUCGGAUUUGACGACUGCAACACCAUCAGAGGUCAACGAAUAUACACAGCCGCCUACUGAUGAACAAGUUCACUCCAUCAACGAAGAGUUAAAUUCCACUGUAACAGAGGAAAUCAAUCAACAGUCAAGCAACACAAAUGACCUAAGUGAGGUAGAGGAAAAAGAAGAUCGUAAAUUCCCAGAAGUGAUGCCUGUCAUGUUACCAGAGAUCAAAAAAUAUCUAGAGCAGUAUAUCAAGCAAAAUGCUUUUUCUGUCACUCCGCUUAUUUAUUAUGAUUUCUCUGACAAAACCGAUGAUACUGGACCAAUGUUUCCUCUCAAUGACAAUCAAAGGGUCAAUCAUAAUCCUAUAUUCGUGAAAAAUUCUCAUUAA